CGCGUUUCUUCCGAAAAAACAAACAAUUAGCGAAAUAGCUGCUGGUUAUGAGCAACGUUAAUCUUUAGUGUGACGCUGUUAAUGUCUGGGACGGCCCAUCGCCGGCGAACUUCGACCCCUGACUGAACCGGCCUCCAACUUCCAGUUAUUUGCAAUCUCAUUCUUAGCACUGUGAAGAAAGUGUGAGAAAUGAAAGUCCUUUUGCUUAAAGAUCCUAAGGAAGGAGAAUUGGGACCUGAUCCAUAUGUUCAGGAAUUUGCUUCACGUGGCCUUCAAGCAACUUUAAUUCCUGUUCUAUCAUUUGAAUUUAUAUCACUUCAAGACUUAUCAAGAAAGCUUGCACACCCUGAAGCUUAUGGUGGGCUGAUAUUUCCCAGCCCCAGAGCAGUGGAUGCUGUGAAGUUAUGUUUGGCAGAAAAAGAGAUUAGCGAAGCAUGGUACAAUCAUUCUUUAAGAGAACAGUGGAAUGAAAAAUCUAACUAUGUUGUUGGAAAAUCUACAGCAAAUUUGGUAAAGGAAAUUGGUCUUGCAACACAAGGAGAAGAAACUGGGAAUGCAGAAAACCUAGCUAAGUUCAUCUGUAGCAAAGAAUCGUCAAGCUCCCUACCUCUUCUGUUUGUAUGCGGUACACUUAAAAGAGAGACACUCCCUAAAUGCUUGAAUGAGAACAAUGUGCCUUUGGAGAGCAUCACUGUCUAUCGGACAUCUCAACAUCCUUCCCUCCAGCAGGCUUUGAGUGAUUAUUUUUCACAACAGGGAAUUCCAGCAAGCAUUACCUUUUUUAGUCCUUCUGGUGUCAGGUUUUCUUUGAAGACCAUUCAAAAGUUGGCUGGAGAUUCCAUUAAUCAAAUCGAGUUUGCAGCGAUAGGGUCAACAACAGCUGAAGCCAUGGCAUCAGAGGGACUGACUGUGAGCUGUACAGCUGAAAAACCUACACCACAAGAUCUGGCAGCGUGUGUGAGAAGAGUGCUGUAGCAAUGCACAGAGUAAUAAAUAAUUGCUCAUGUCUCAUGGAUAAAAUGUAUGCUUAAUUGCCAUCUGUCCUGACUUUGAAUUGCCCUGUUUUUUUUUGUAAAAUUACAUUAAAUCAGGAUUGUUCUAGGUUUGCAUUGUUUGUAAGAAAGAAAUCUGUAGUGUCAUCUCUUAAACAAGAGAAAAUCUGCAGAUACUGGAAAUCAAAGUAAUACACACAAACUGCUGGAGGAAUUCAGCAGGCCAAGCAGCAUUCUUGGAAAAGAGGAAACAGUUGAUGUUUUGGGCUGAAACCCUUCAUCAGAACUUGGUCCGAAACGUCGACUGUAUACUCUUUUCUAUAGACGCUGACUGGCCUGCCGUGUUCCUCUAGAAUUUUGUGUGUAUUACUGUCAGCUCUUAAUAGGAUCCUCUAAAUUACUUACAAUAUUGAGCUGGAUUCUGUGAAUAAAUGUGUGAUCAACAUUACAUGCAAACAGGCCAGCAACUUCAGUUGUUAAGGAGAUACUCAAUGAAUUGUGAACCAGCAAAUUGGUAGAUGAUUUCAGCAGAUCUUUCGUUAGUCUUGCUUUAAAAACAUUAGCUCAUCUUUGACUCCCCUCUGUGUAUCAUGAGUUUGAUACAUUUUCACAUUAACUGUUCACUGAUCACACUGAAGAAAGUUUACUAAUUAAGAUGGUAGCCUACUCUAACAACGUGAUGAAGGUCAUUGGCUACCGAUCAACCUCUCUGGCCUAGAAAAUGAACAACUGUAGAGUUUUAUUUUGUCAAGUAGUGAAUUACUGUUGGAAAUUUGAAGCUCAUAUUUUAAUUUUUAGAAUUGCAAUUUCUAAUCCUUUGCUUUCUUUUGCUUAGUUUAAUCUUUCUUUAAUGUUACUUAUUCCUCUUUGUGAACCUGACUUGCUACUCUGUUCUCUCACACUAAUUCAUCCUCCUUCUCUUGUCUUUGUUUUUUUUUUGGUUAAAGGGACACUCUUGGACCCCACCAUUCACUGAGUUGUUACAUGCCUGUUACCCUCAACAUAUUAUUGACAGAUUAACCUGAUCGGUAUUGGAAAAAUUGACUUGUCCUACUAGAGAUACCAUCAAAUUCUAACCUAUUAUUUGCACAGAACUAAAAAGAUUGGUUAAAAUUUUCUGCAUGUAUAAAUCACUUGGAUAUUGUUUAUGGUAGAAAUUCAAGUGGUCAAAUGCAUUAGGUGUGCAAAGUGGAAUAUACUGACUGAAUUCUAUUUCAAAAUAUCUCAUUCCCUUGCUAGUUAAUUGCACAAGUAUAGUACAUGAAAAUUCCUUUCUGGGAAAUGUGUUUGGACUGUUUUCUGUAUGUAACCAAAUGAAAUCUCACAAGUCAGUAUGAUGGCCACAUCUUUUAAGUUAUUUAUAUUCUUGGUAUAAGGUAAAAUAAUUGGCAUUCAGGGCUAACUACUGUGCAUGACAUUGUAAGGUAUUUUCAUUAAAGCAAUGGGCUAUAUAUCUGAUUACAACUGUAAAUCUUUAUCCAGAAUCAGGUUAACACUGCCUUAUAUGAUGUGAAAUGUGUUUUGUGGAAGCAGUACAAUGCAAAGACAUAAAACUACUAUAAAU